CUUGCCAGCAAUCAUAGACAUGGCAGAGCAACCCUACGAUUGGUUCAAGGCAUGGGAUGAAAAUGAUAUUGGUUUUCACAGAGACAACAUAGAUCCAUUUCUUUCCAAGUAUAUUGACCGACUGAUUAAUGGAAGGAAGAAUAUCAAAAUCUUUAUUCCUCUUUGUGGCAAAACAGUGGAUAUUGAAUGGCUCUGGGAGCUGGGCCACACAGUCAUAGGAGUGGAAUUGGCCAGAAAGGCACUGGAGGAAUUCCCUGAGGAACAUAGUAUUAGUUAUAUCAGGAUCUGA